AAAGAUCAGUCGCGCACAUGCGUGUUUUAAAGUGAUUUAUUCACAUCAUCAUCAGCGCAACUGAGACCCGUUCAAAACUGAACCGACACAUUUUAAAGAAGUACCGUCUUUUUAAAUCGACAUCUUUGAGAUCGCAUUUAUUUUUCGCGUUUUCGAUCUCUUCGCGUCGUCCAGUGUGUGUGUCCGCUCUGCGCUGCUGUACUUCAGCGCGUGCGUGUGUGUGUGUGUGUGUGUGUGUGUGUGUGUGUGUGUGUGUGUGUGUGUGUGUGAUAUUAUGGCGGUGAAUCUGGAUAAAGACGCGUUUUACCGCCGCAUCAAGCGACUCUACGGGAACUGGAAGAAAGGAGAAGAUGAGUUCGGGAAGGUGGACGCCAUCGUGGUUUCUGUCGGAGUCGACGAGGAGAUCGUCUACGCCAAAUCUACAGCCCUUCAGACGUGGCUGUUUGGGUACGAGCUCACCGACACCAUCAUGGUGUUUUGCGAGACCAGGAUCAUUUUUCUGGCCAGUAAGAAGAAGGUGGAGUUCCUGAAGCAGGUUGCCGUCACGAAAGGCAACGAGAACGCAAACGGGAUUCCUCCGAUCACGCUGCUCGUCCGGGAAAAGAACGAGAGCAACAAGGUGAACUUCGAGAAGAUGAUGGAAGCCAUCCGCGGAAGUAGAGACGGCAAGACGGUCGGCGUGUUCAUGAAGGACAAGUUCCCGGGAGAAUACAUGAAGAGCUGGAGCGACAUGAUCACGGCCGAGGGCCUGGAGAGGGUGGACGUCAGCACGGCGGUGGCGUACACGAUGGCGGUGAAGGAGGACGGAGAGCUGGCGCUCAUGAAGAAGGCGGCUGCCGUCACCAGCGACGUCUUCACCAAGUUCUUCAAGGAGCGAGUGAUGGAGAUUGUGGACGCCGACGAGUGUGUGUGUUGUACAGGAGUGAAGCUGUGUGACGCCUAUAACACCGUCCUGGAGUUUGUCAAGAAAGAGAAACCAGAUCUGGUCAGCAAACUGACAAAAAACCUCGGGUUCGCUAUGGGCAUUGAGUUCAGAGAAGGAUCGCUCGUACUGAAUGCCAAAAAUCAGUUCAAACUCAAGAGAGGGAUGGUGUUCAGCAUCAGCCUGGGAUUGGCUGACAUGAUCAACAAAGAGGGGAAGAAAGACGAGCAGAAAAAGUACGCCCUGUUCAUCGGAGACACCAUACAGAUCAAUGAGGAGGAUCAAGCCACCGUCCUCACGCCCGUCAAGAAGAAGAUCAAAAACGUUGGCAUUUUCCUGAAGAACGCUGAUGAAGAGGACGAUGAGGAAGAGGACGAUAACGCCGAGGAGCUGCUGGGGAAAGGAGCUCGCGGCGCCGCCCUGCUCACAGACAGAACCAGGAAUGAGAUGACUGCUGAGGAGAAGAGGCGGGCCCAUCAGAGAGAGCUGGCCAAUCAGGUGAACGAGGAGGCCAAGCGGCGUCUGACGGAGCAGAAGGGAGGACAGCAGAUACAGAAAGCCAGAAAGUCGAACGUGUCGUAUAAGAACGUCUCCCAGAUGCCCCGCGAGAAGGACAUCAGAGACAUGAAGAUCUUCAUCGAUAAGAAGUACGAGACGGUCGUCAUGCCCGUGUUCGGCAUCGCCACGCCGUUCCACAUCGCCACCAUCAAGAACAUCAGCAUGUCUGUGGAAGGAGAUUACACGUAUCUGAGGAUAAACUUCUUCGUUCCGGGCAGCUCGCUGGGACGCCACGACGGGAACAUCUUCCCCAACCCCGAGGCCACGUUUGUCAAAGAGAUUACGUACCGCGCGUCGAACCUCAAGUCGCCCGGCGAUCACUCCGUUCCUUCCACCAACCUGCAGAACGCCUUCCGUAUCAUCAAAGAGGUGCAGAAGCGCUACAAGACCCGCGAGGCGGAGGAGAAGGAGAAGGAGGGCAUCGUUAAACAGGACUCGCUCGUCAUCAACCUCAACCGCAGCAACCCCAAGCUCAAAGACCUUUACAUCCGGCCCAACAUCGCACAGAAGAGGAUGCAGGGCUCGCUGGAGGCGCACACCAACGGUUUCCGUUUCACGUCAGUACGCGGCGAUAAAGUCGACAUCCUUUACAACAACAUCAAACACGCCAUUUUCCAGCCCUGCGACGGAGAGAUGAUCAUCGUGCUGCACUUCCACCUGAAGAACGCCAUCAUGUUCGGUAAGAAGCGUCACACGGACGUGCAGUUCUACACGGAGGUGGGCGAGAUCACCACAGACCUGGGCAAACACCAGCACAUGCACGACCGCGACGACCUCUACGCCGAACAGAUGGAGCGAGAGAUGCGACACAAACUCAAAUCCGCCUUCAAGAACUUCAUCGAGAAGGUCGAGUCGCUCACUAAGGAAGAGCUGGAGUUCGAGGUUCCUUUCAGAGAUCUCGGGUUCCAGGGCGCCCCCUACAGGAGCACCUGCCUGCUGCAGCCCACUUCCAGCGCCCUCAGUAACGUCACGGAGUGGCCUCCGUUCGUGGUGACGCUCGAUGAGGUGGAGCUGGUUCAUUUCGAGCGAGUCCAGUUUCAUCUGAAGAACUUCGAUGUGGUCAUCGUUUAUAAGGACUACAACAAGAAAGUCACCAUGAUCAACGCUGUGCCCGUCAACUCUCUGGAUCCCAUCAAAGAGUGGCUCAACUCGUGCGAUAUCAAGUACACUGAAGGCGUACAGUCUCUGAACUGGACCAAGAUCAUGAAGACCAUUGUGGAUGAUCCCGAGGGCUUUUUCGAGCAGGGCGGCUGGUCCUUCCUCGAUCCGGAGAGUGAGGGAAGCGGCGCGGAGCAAGACUCCGAGUCUGAGAUGGAGGACGAGACGUUUAACCCCUCGGCUGACGAGGAGGAGGUGGAAGAGGAGGACAGCGAUGAAGAUUACUCCUCGGAGACAGAGGACUCUGAUUACAGCGCGUCUCUGGGCAGCGAGGAGGAGAGCGGCAAAGACUGGGACGAACUGGAGGAGGAAGCCAGAAAAGCUGAUCGUGAGAGUCAGUAUGAGGAGACAGAGGACACCUCAAACAGGAAGAGGAAAGGACGUUCGUCAGCUCCGCCUCCCAGCAGCAAGAAGAAGAGACGACAUUAGAAAACACACACACCUCUCUCUCUCACUCACUCGCGCACACACUGCCAAAUCAGUCUCCCACAGUCCUCUCUGACUGCCCCACACUCUCUCUCUCUCUCUCGCUCUCUCUCUCUCUCUCACUCACACUCUCACUCUCUCUCUCUCUCUC